AUGGGAAGGAAAGCACAAAGCACUGAUCAGAUCCUCGCCUGCCAUCCGCAGACUGGGUUGUGCCCCUGCCCACCCGGCACCGAGGGCGCAGACUGUAGUUCAACUUGCCAGGAGGGACGCUUCGGCCCAGGCUGCGCACAGGUAUGCAUAUGCCAAAAUGGAGGCCGGUGUGACCCCGUAACUGGCACCUGCAGCUGUCCCGCGGGGUUUUUCGGUCCCCUCUGCCAACACAACUGCCCAGCCGGCUGGUGGGGUGCCGGAUGCGCAAUGAAAUGCAACUGUUACAAUAUGCAGGAGAGUGGUUGUGAUCCGAUCAGCGGAAGAUGUCGCUGCAAACCAGGCUAUACGGGAGAACGAUGCGAACAGGGUAAGAUCAUAGGCAGUUUUCUUCGCUUCCUCGUGUCUGCUCCUAUCGCUAUGACCAGAGGUUACUACGGCGAGAAGUGCGCGCAGUCCUGCCGGAACUGUCCCGACUGUCACUUUGUGACGGGUGAAUGUCUCUGCAACCUCGGCACCUACGGGUCGGCCUGCGACCGCAGUAAGCUCCAUCGAUCAGUCUUUCAACCCCCUGCUAUCCGGAAAACCAUGCGAGCGCUAACAGUAAAGUGGAUGACUGUAUCGACUGUCAGUGGCUGUCUGCAUGCUACUACCUGUCGUCUGUCUCGUCUCGGGUUGAAGGCCCACUCCAUUUUCUAA